CGCUGAAAUUGCAAUUUGCGACUUUGUGAUGCUGGCUGGACACUAGACUUUGAUUCUGUCGGAUUUUUGAGAAAGCUGACAAAAUGAAUAAGAAGUUAUACGUCGGUAACAUUCCAUUUGACUGCAAUUCAGAGCAGAUGCGAGGGCUCUUUGAGCAGUUUGGAAAAGUCACAGAAUGUGAUGUCCUCGGCAAAUAUGGUUUUGUGCAUAUGGCAACAGACUCGGAAGCCCAGACUGCAGUGAGCAAUCUGGACUCUUACAACUUCAUGGGGUCUGCACUGAAUGUUAAAUUCUCCACAGGAAACAGCAAUAAAUUUGGUGGUGGUGUUAAGAGGAAGAUUUACGUGGGCAACUUACCAGCAGACUGCACUGAGGAACGAUUACUUGAAGAAUUUGAGAAGUAUGGGGACGUAGCAGAGUGUGAUGUCAUCAGAAACUAUGGAUUUAUUCACAUGAAGACAGAAGAUGGUGCCACAAAAGCCGUCAAACACCUUCAUAAUAUGGACUUCUUCGGAAACAAUAUCACAGUUAAAUUCUCCACGAGUGGAGUACACAAGGCACCUGGUGUUGGAAGUCAAGGAGAAUGCUUCAAGUGUGGCAAUAGAGGUCAUCUAUCUAGAGACUGCACUGAAUGGGGACCCGGUGAGCGAUCAAGAAGUCGAGGUGGUCCACGUGGUGGUAUGGGUCGUGGUGGCUCAAGUCGUGGAAACGGUGCCUACCCAUCACCAAGGCAAUCUUCAGGGAGAUACAAUGGUUAUGGAGGAGCUGACUCUUAUGACCCCUACUAUGACUACCCAGCCCCGCCCCCAAGGAGGCCUCCACCAAGUGAUGAAUAUUACAGCAGACGCUAUGCAGAUGACUACUACAGCAGGAGGCCAGCACCCCGUGACUAUCCACCAAGAGAGAGAGAAUAUCCCAGAGAGUACGCCCUACGAGCCAGGAGUAGGAGUCCACCACCCUCUUAUAGGCGUCGUCUGUCACCAGGAAGCGAAUAUGACCGUUACUACGAGCGUCUACCCCCAAGGGAUCCCUACUACGAUAUGCCUCCAAGACGUGAAAGGGAGGGAGUAGCCCGACUGCCGUCAUAUACUAAUGGAAAACCAAAACAAGAGUACUCGGGGGACUUUACUGAAGAUGUUGUUACCUUCUAAUGAAAUGAGUUGUUUGAAGUCUGAAACCUUCUUCAUCGCUCCUCAAAUGAUUGUAUUGUUGGCAAUAAAGCAGAAGAUGGAUCAAAACAAUGCUGCAUUUUAAACAGAUUUUGUAAAUAAUUUUGUCUUGAAAACCCCACCGUGAUGUUCAUGGCCGUGAACCCUGCUGAUCCAUUGUUCACAUUCACUUUGUCCCAUCUGCUAUCUCUGUUGUGGGCUGUGUAAACACUUACCUGGUUAAAGAGUUAUCUCUGAUAAAGAUGUUGAGAAAACUCAAGGCCUUUAUUUUAUCAGCUGCAAAUAAUUCAUUCCAAUUUCACCAAAUCAAGAUAAGUAAUUUUUAAAAAGUGCAUUUUUUACGUGACCUGUUAUGAAUGUUGUUGGAUAAACCAACCAGGCAUGACCAAUGGCCAGUUAGUAACCUGGUCAUGAGGUGUCAUAGACCAACAAAACAACCUUUGUGUGUUCUUUAGGAAAUAAAGGCUUUGCAUUUCUCGGGUUUGCUGGUAUUCACAGGUCAGCAAGUAUUUUCACUGGUUAGCUGGUAUUCACAGGUCAGCAAGUAUUUUCACUGGUCAGCUGGUAUUCACAGGUCAGCAAGUAUUUUCACUGGUUAGCUGGUAUUCACAGGUCAGCAAGUAUUUUCACUGGUUAGCUGGUAUUCACAGGUCAGCAAGUAUUUUCACUGGUUAGCAAGUAUUUUCACUGGUCAGCUGGUAUUCACAGGUCAGCAAGUAUUUUCACUGGUCAGCUGGUAUUCACAGGUCAGCAAGUAUUUUCACUGGUCAGCUGGUAUUCACAGGUCAGCAAGUAUUUUCACUGGUCAGCUGAUACUUUCACUUGUUAUUUUCUAAAGAUGUAUCUGCAAUGAUUCUUUCACGAUUCUUUCAAAUCUGAAGAUAAAAGCAAUGUGCAGGAACAAACAAACUUUUGCCAAAUUGUAUAGAACAACUUUCAAAGUUAUACUAAAAUGCAAAAAUGUGUACUGUUUUUGGCAUGUGGGUUUUGAUUUUUUUAAAGUUUUAACUGUAGCGUUUUUGGAACAGUUUGAACUAUGUGCUUAUUAUUUUAGAUAUCACAAUGACCAAAUAUUAGUGUACUUUUGAGGUUGCAUGGUACCAUUUUAUAUGAGGGACAAAUUCUCAACAAGUAGCUCCCUUUUGUGAGUGAUAUUUUGUAUGUACAUACCGUUUGUUAGAUUAUAGGAAAUGCAGAAGGAGUACAUGUAGUAUGUUUUAGUUCAAGAGCAUAGAUUAGGAAAUGAGCCUGGAGAGUUGCAAGGCAUCACUAACCAGUUAAAUUCAGGAUUUAUAAUCCAUUGUUCAUCUCCCGUGCAGGAAUGGAUUGUUUUCAGUAAAAAAGUAACUGUUUUUUCCUAAUCAUGAUCAAUUUCUUGUGUCUUUGGACACCCCUAGAAAGACUUUUCUCAUUAGCUUUUCAAGCUUUUUGGAUGGCUCAUAUUGUUGUUUGUGUUCGUGAAUCUGUUCAAUCAUACCAUUGGGAACCUGUUAUGUUGGCGUUCAUUGAUGCACAGUCAAAAAGGCAUCCCAGAGAGAGUUACAAGUCCUCGUAACAAUGCAGUAAAAUCAAUCUGUACAUAAAUCAUGACUGGUAUGUGAAAGCAUGGAGGAAGGAAGAGAAGGAGCUCGAACGAAUGGACUUCAAAAGUCGAACCCGCGGUACCGCAUCGUUUAACGACACCUCGUAAUCACCCACAUACCUUACACAAACAAUGGUCGACCUGGCGUGUGUGAAUUUGCGCGUGCGCACUUGGUUCUUCGCUAAACUAUGAUGUCGUAUGGAUACAACAGAGGAAAAACUACUGUUUUGAGACGCGAUAACAUUUUUGGACGCUACUGUACACCUUAACAGAAUUGAAUACCAACCACCCUCGUGUGCCUGUACCCAAAUUUUGAUCCACCGCUAUUGACCGGAAAGUCACAAAAA